AUGGGAGGCGACACUGUCCUGUCCAGGCAAGACAUUGAAACCAUGGUCGCCAAUGGCGAUGCCAUCGUCAUUUUUCAGGACUAUGUCCUGAGGCUCAACUCGUGGCUGCAAGCUCAUCCUGGCGGUGACUUGCCCAUCCGACACAUGAUUGGGAGAGAUGGGACGAGCGAAAUCACUCUGUAUCAUGCGGCCCAUACCCUCAAGACUAUGAAGGCCUUUCGGGUUGGCCGGAAGCCUACGAGUCCCUGGUAUAACAUGACACCGCCAAUCAGGGCUGCCUCAUCCAACGAGCCCGCCACGACAGCCACGCCUCAUGCAUUGAUAGAUGCAGCCCUGGCGGAGAGGCGUGUCUCGAGUCAGGGUCUUGUCGAUAGCAGCAUCGGUCUGGAAUCGAGGCUGAAACAAGGCACAUUGUUCAAUAAGCCCGUGGGCGGCGACGAUGGCAAUCGCGGUUGUCUCCAGACGGGCCGCCAGCCCCAGCCUACGUUUUGCUCGAGAAGGCCCUCGCCCAGGUGCGCUCUGCUCCCCUUGCCAGAGGUGACUGAUGAAAAGGCUCUCGAGGCGGCUCGCCUGCUGCCGCGAGGACGAAAGCAUAUGUCGCCCGAGAAGUAUACAGAAUGGGCCCUGCAGCAGCAACGGGAGACAGAUAUGAGCGAGUACCCGUGCCUGAACCACGGCAUUCAAGUGGCCAUUACAGAAAAGUACAUGAAACUGAAUGAACAAAUCGAAGCCCAUGGCUUGUAUAACUGUCCGUAUCUAGAGUAUGGCAAGGAGAUGGCGCGCUAUCUCACACUUUUUGCUGUUUCGAUGAUUAGUCUGAACAAGGGCUGGUACCUGACUUCGGCCUUCUUUCUUGGUUUAUUUUGGCAUCAACUCAUGUUUACUGCCCACGAUGCUGGCCAUCUAGCAAUCACUCAUAUAUUCGAAGUCGAUACCCUCAUUGGCAUGUUUAUUGCCGACUUUUGUUGCGGUCUGUCCAUUGGCUGGUGGAAGAGUAGCCACAACGUGCAUCACCUCAUCACCAAUCAACCGGAUUCCUUCCCAAUGGUAUAUGCUGUAUGGAUAAAAGUCUGCUGGUGGCUUGAGCCGACGCAGGAGAAGUCUCAUCCAGCCUUGUCUGUUAUGGCAUUAGAUGUAUUGUCCAAUUCCGGCCAUGUCAACGGAGCCAGAACGCCUGUUAAGUACGAAAAUCACCAUCACGGACCGCAGCAAUCGUAUAAACAUUGA